AUUUUGUUCGCGGACGCUGGGGACGGUGGGAGAGGAUCCACUUCCGGGUUGGCAAAAGGGGCGGUGGCGGUGAGGAAGGGUGAGAGAGAGAGAUAGAGAGAGAGAGAGAGCUGAGAGGACCGGACGAGGCCGGAGCGGCGGCGGCGGCGGCAGAGGAGGAGAACAGAGGCUUUCGGAGCGGCGGCGGACCGAGUGCGGAGGGGCCGGGGCACUCGGGCCCCGGAUCUGAGGUGACCCGCGGACCUGAAGAGUGAUCUGGUACACUUGGGGGUCUGUUUUCCUAGUGUUCUGAAGCUAUCCUGAACUUGAUGGGCUGGAGAGUCUAGGUGUUUCUACAGCCCCAGACUUCAUUGACUCCCCAUACCCCCCUGGUGAGCUGGAGGUUAUGAAGAGAGGACACAGUUAUUCAGAGAAAAAUCAGAUCAAAAGGGGAAAAGAGAAAGAAAAAACAGUCCAACAAAUGAACAAUUACAACAAAAAAGGUAUAUGAGUGGCCCAACGCUUCCAACCGUUAAAAGACAGCACCAACUGGGAGCAAGGCAAGGAUGCCGAUUCCGCCUCCUCCACCUCCACCUGGUCCACCUCCACCUCCCACUUUUAACCAGGCAAACACAGAACCGCCCAAGCUGAGUAGGGAUGAACAGCGGGGCCGAGGUGCGCUAUUACAGGACAUCUGCAAAGGGACUCGGCUGAAAAAAGUGACUCAUAUCAAUGAUCGGAGUGCUCCAGUCCUUGAGAAACCCAAAGGAGGUAGUGGGGGUUAUAGUUCUGGAGUAAAUGCCCUGCAGCCUAAGGGAGGUCUAUUCCAAGGAGGAGUGCCAAAACUCAGACCUGUUGGAACAAAGGACAUUUCAGAGAACCUAACUGGCAAGACAGUUUUACAGGUCUCUGGUUCCCGUGCUUCUGCCCCAAGGCCCCCAGUGUCCACAGGCAGUAGUCGUCCCCAAGAUGAUUCAGACAGUAGUCGGGCAUCCCCCCCAGAGCUUCCACGGAUGCAGAGACCCUCUUUACCGGACCUAUCCCGACCCAACUCCACCAGCAGCACGGGCAUGAAACAUAGUUCUUCGGCUCCCCCGCCACCACCCCCUGGGCGGCGUGCCAAUGCACCCCCUGCACCUUUGCCUAUGCACAGCAACAAAGCCCCGGCUUACAACAGAGAGAAGCCUUUGCCACCAACCCCUGGGCAGAGGCCUCCUCCUGGCCGAGAGGGGCCUCCUGCUCCGCCUCCAAUUAAGCCACCUCCUUCCCCUGUGAAUAUUAGGACAGGACCAAGUGGGCAUAACCAGUCUUUGGCUCCCCCUCCACCGCCUUACCGGCAGCCCCCUGGUGUCCCCAAUGGGCCCUCAAGCCCCACUAAUGAGUCAGCCCCUGAGCUGCCACAGAGACACAAUUCUUUACAUAGGAAGACACCAGGGCUCGUUAGAGGCCUGGCACCUCCCCCACCCACCUCAGUCUCACCUUCUUUACAGAGUAAUAGACCACCUCCCCCUGCUCGAGAACCUCCCAGUCGGGGAGCAGCACCUCCACCCCCACCACCCUUAAUUCGAAAUGGUGCCCGGGAUGCCCCACCCCCACCCCCACCAUACCGAAUGCAUGGUUCUACGGAGCCCCUGAGCAGAGGAAAGCCCCCCCCUCCACCUUCAAGGACACCAGCUGGGCCUCCUCCACCACCUCCACCACCCCUGAGGAACGGCCACAGAGAUUCCAUCGCAACAGUCCGAUCUUUCUUGGAUGAUUUUGAGUCCAAGUAUUCCUUCCAUCCAGUUGAAGACUUCCCUGCUCCAGAAGAAUAUAAACAUUUUCAGAGGAUUUACCCUAGCAAAACAAACCGAGCCACCCGUGGGGCUCCACCCCUGCCACCUGUCCUCAGGUGAAGCCCAAGUGGAUCCUGUUCCUCAACAAAAGGAUGGAUCUCCUCCAGUUCUCAAAUGGUCCCUACUGCUUUCUCAAAACUUGCAUGAGAGUUCUCAUUGUGUUCUUCCAGUGCGACCAGUCACUCAGAAUUCAGCAUCCCUCCCAGCUCAUCUUCAUCUAUGCAUCUCCUCACUGGACUUGAUUGGACUGUCUUAUUUUGGCAGUGGGUUCCCUGUUUCUUCAUUUCCCUUUGUUUAGUGAACCCUGCUAGCUGUUCAAGGAAAUAGCUUCUGUCUCCUGUUCUCUCUUUGGAGAGAGGUGCCUUGUAAUGAAUUCAAUAAUCAUAACAGGGUGAAGAGAGAGUAUCCUUCUUGUUUCCACAUAAAAUCCUUUUCUCCCCUCCUCCCCCCCACUCCUGGGAAAUCAAAUGGGUGUAUAAUGGACUUCAAGCCAUUAGGGAGCUUGACAUAGCCAUUACCACUUCUGUUUUUUGUGGGGAGAGUGCCAUCUUCAGUAAAAUAGGAAAGAAUUAUUCAGAGAUGUUAUCUGCUUCAAAGGUCACAGUUGCAGAGUGGGACAGGAAAGGGAUAUGCUUUCUUCUUAGAGUAUCUUUUUUUUUUAAAUACAGGGUUAAAGUUCUAGAUUACCUUUGGGUUUAAAUACUACAUACUAAUCAGUUAAGCUUAAAGCAUAUACUAAAUGGCAGAAUGGGCUCAAGCUAAGGGCUUCUCAGCUCUAGUCAAUUUCUCUAUAACAAAGGGACCAAAAGAGAAUUGAGUCCUCAAGGCCUCAAUUACCCAAGAUUCUGGGUGGCCAUGUAGGCUCAUUUGAAGAACCCUUCUAAUCUCUUGGAUCACAUGCUAAGGAACUGUAACUGAUGCAGUUCCAUAGUAGUCCUUGUGAGAAAAGAUGGAACUGAAUUGCAUAUGUGUAUAUGACCAGAACUUCCUUGAUAUACCCCAGACCAAACCUAGUGCUGGUCAUUUGUAGGUAAACUUUUUCUAACUAUUCUUAUUUUAAAACCUGGUAGGGGUUAUCCUCCAUAGAUGCCCUCAGCAUCUGGGAUUGGGAAGAAAUGGAAAGGCUUCCCUGGCAAGGAGCUGUAGACUGGGGAAGGGAAGGAGGAAAGCUUGAUAUUUAAUCAUACUGAUCAUUUACUUAGUCCUGACUGUGAAGUCUUCAGAUCAUUGUUGAAAUGGAAAUUGGCAACUUUUACACAAUGUUCUGUGAUGGUGUUUUUCUUUAAAUUAUUCAAACAUAGAAAAGCCAAAUCUUACCUUUCUUGUGGGGUUGGCACCUUUCUUCCCAUUACUUCCUCCUUUGGAUUUUGGAUAGUCACAUUGGCAUCCAUUGUACUUUUACUGUUUUGCCUCCUGAAAGAUGGUUAAACUCAAAUCAGAUGGAUUUUUCUUUGGAGUCUGUUGAUAAUCCAUCAUGUAUUUGAACGUCUGCCUUAUACACUACUCUGUCCCAUUGGUGGUACUAGAUUUAUUAUCAUGACACAACCAGAACAGUAAUUCAUUCAACAAAUUUAUUAAGAGCCUAUUCUUGAGUAAAGGGAAUGUGAUUCAUAGUUACUGAUCUAUUUUGUAUGUUAAAAAAAAAAACACAAAAACUUGUAAUAUAGGUUUAAGGUGGGCUGGCUGCAACGGCACUAAAACUUCUCACCUUUGAACUCCUCUUUUCUCUGCUUGUGGGAAUGUUGUUACCUCUUUAGUUAAAAGAUUGGGUGGGUCUCAUGUUGAGGCUAUUCCCAGUCACCAAACCCUUAUGUCCCCUCUCUGAAGGAAGAGACAAUGCCCAGCUCUGCUCAUCAAAAAGCUGAGUUCAAAGCCCCCUGGUUGGGUUUGUUUUUUUUUUCCCUAAUGGGAAAAACUUAAUAUUUUUUUCCUAUUGCCCUGGCUGCAAAGCAGAUGGGUACUCUCAGGCCUAAAUGAGCGCAGUGCCCCUCUACUUCUGCCAAUCUCCCCAGAUCAGAGCACUUUGACAUAGUGUGUGAUUCUGUGUAUUGUGGGUUGGAAUGCUGCUCAAGCUUCAAACCCUUACUUUUCCCGAAACCAGGUCUCUUGGGCUACUAGAGUGGCUGUAGGAUUCCCUAGGAAUACAUCCCAGCCCUCUUCAUUUGGCAACAGGCAAGGGAGGACCUGCUUUGGCCUUCCAACUUGAAGCUCUCUCUUCUAGGGAGAGGUGAGAAGAAAAAAGUGUAAAUAGAUUUAAGCAUUGCUACAGAGUAACUCAGGGCUGGGGUAUAUUUUAAUUAUCCUGAUCACUUGAAAUAACUCAUAGAUUAAGUGAAUUUUGGAAUGGGGGAGGAGAUGUGUCCCCAUAGUUCUUGAAUCCUGAGGGGCUGAAGGGGAGGUAAAUAAGGGUCGUCUGAGGCUCUUUUUAUUUUUAAUGGCACUACACUGAGUUGUCUGUACUGGAAACCCAACCUGGGAUCAAUGGCAAACCAAAUUCCUCACAUUCCAGUCUUGGUCUUUCUUUCCCAGUUACAUCCCAGCCCCUGGCUCUAAGGUCAGGGUGGCUCCCUGCCAGUCGCUCCUUGGAAUUGGGAAUGUGGGAGAGUUGGCCCACUGCAACAUUGCCUUUGAAAUUCAUCUGCUUUAAAACAACAAAAGCAAGAAUGUGCAAAAACAAAACAUGUAAACUGUUUUUAAUAGAAGGAAGUAUUUGGAUCCAUUCAACUCCACAUUCAUUGUGCCUUUACCCUAUGUCAGGCAUCUGUGCUCCGUAUUCCUCUUGGACUGAAGCAGUUUAAAUCUUCCUUGUCUACUGCUGUUCCCUUCUUCCUCUGCACAUCUUUGUAGACCUGGUAGGCUUCUUUUCUAAUUCUCCUCUCAUUCCACCAGUGGCAGAGGAUAGCUUCUCUUUCUUCCCCAGAGUGACAAGCAUGGUUGUCACAGUAAUCAACACUGUAUAAAUACACCCAGAAAGAUGAGAGAGGAUAUGUGCACAAGUACACUUGUGAGAGAGAGCGUGUGUGUGUGUGCGCGUGUGUAUGCGUGUGUGUGUGUGGGUAGUCUGCAUGUAGGUGGAUUUUUAAAAAUAAUUUAUUGUAUGAAUAUACGGAUGUUUUUGUUUUAAUCCAUGAUUCUUCUUACCUAGUUGUAUUGACUUUCUCCCCUUCUCCUAAGAUGUACAGUCUGGUCUCAGGUUGGAUUCUUUGGUACACUUCUCCCUUCUGGGUGCCAUGCAGCUAUUUAAUUAAACCUCAUUUUACAAACCAAAUCAAACUGAAAA